GGUUGAGCUGCGUUGCUGCUGGUUAGGAGACGGCGGCAGUGCUUUAGGCUGAUUCGGGCGUGUCGAUAAUUAGCCUCUGAAUACUUGAUUAGUAUCAGCCAAAGUGUCGUAAAAAUUAACGAAUGUUAUUAAGUUGACGCAUUGACACAUCGACCUGCGGAUUUGAUUUUCCCGAAAGCGAUAUUUUUAUUUUUUUUUUAUAUACAAAAAUAGAAUUAAUAAAUCAUAUGUGAUUUCUCGGUAACAAUGAUGCUUAGGGCAAUUGAACUAUUGUUGUGUCUCUUCGUCGCUGUCUACAUACUGGCCGUAAACACUGUGUUGGUGAGUUAUGGCGUUUGCAAUACACCUUUCGGAUUACCAGGUCAUUGUGUACCGUUGUCGGACUGCCCAAGUCUAUAUAAUCUACUCGCCCAAGCCAAUGAAGACAAUGAUAUCUUUAAUCAUUUGCGUAAUAGCUUCUGCGGAUCUGAUGUUAAUGCCACUUCGGGACCGGAUAGGACACGCGUCUGCUGCCGAGAUAAUCCAAAUGCUGAAAACAAAGAUAAGGAAUCGGGUAAAAUGUUGCCAGCACCAGGCACUUGCGGAAUCACUUUCAAUAUGCGAAUUUUCGGCGGCGUGGAAUCUCAAGUGGAUGAGUUUCCUUGGUCGGCACUGAUAAAGUAUCAGAGACCAUACAAUGCCACAGCACUGAACUGUGCCGGCGUGCUCAUCAACCAACGAUAUGUGCUCAGCGCCGCUCACUGUCUUAGGAAUCCGAGCAUACCGACCACGUGGAAGCUUGACAGCGUACGCCUCGGUGAGUGGGAUACCAGAACAGAUCCAGAUUGUUAUGAAACUGCCGAUGGCAAUAGAAACUGUGCGCCUCCAUUUGUGGAAGUAAAGAUCGAACGUAUUAUCGUUCAUGAGAAGUACAUACCACAUUCUCAAUCGGAAUUAUAUGACAUCGCACUAAUACGCAUGGCGGCCAACGUUAACUAUUCGGAGACCAUAAAACCCAUCUGUCUGCCACUUUCCAGCGAUUUACGGCAAAUGACAUUUGUAAAUGAAUAUGCCGAUGUGGCUGGUUGGGGGCGCACAGAGGUGAGCCCCUACAGUGCUGUCAAAAGGACAAUCUCACUGCUAAUUUGGGAUACAGACGCGUGUGCGCAAAAGUUUCAAACCAUACAAAUUCCAGUGAAUAAGACUCUACAGUUGUGUGCAGGCGGACAGCCGAUGCAGGACACAUGUCAGGGCGAUUCCGGGGCGCCGCUGACGAUGCGUGGCCGUCUGAUGAAUUCACCACACUUUGUGGUGGGUAUUGUAUCGUUCGGUAUGCAGCCUUGUGGUAUGGCUUCUUGGCCAGGCAUUUACACCCGCGUCACCUACUAUGUUGAUUGGAUUUUGAACAAUUUGGAGGAUUAACACUUGUUGGCGCUAUAUGUGAAGACAAUUCGGAGCAUGUGUGUGUGUGUAUGUAUGCAUGAGAUGUGUGUGUGUGUGUGUUUUAUAGAUACGCCAAAGGUGGGUGUGUAAAUCAACAAUUAUGUACGAUUCACUUAAGCACCUCCAUCCCCACAGGCAUUGUUUGCAGCUUCUCGGUACUGCGCUCUCGGUCUGACAGCGUUUUCAUCUUCACGAACCCUUUCCAUAAUAUACACUAUUAUCUCCCAUACAAUAUCCAUUGUUAGAUGGGAAGUGAGCGUAAAAGUUACUACGUCCCUUAAAUAUAUGGGUAGGGGUUUCCCAAUUUUGCCUUUCCUUUUGGAACAGCGAACACAUUCCACCACUACGUGAUCUGCCGUUUCGAAACAGUUUUCGCAGUGCAUGCAGAAAGGAGAUUCAAUAUGCUUGAAUUGAACUGCCGGAGCCACUUUUCAAAAAUUUUUGCCAGUUCUUGUUUAUGUUGGCUAGGUGAUUUGUUAGCCCUGUGGGGAGUCUUCCCGAUAUAACAUUGAUUGCAUCAUCCGAUACUGUUCUGAAUGCGCAGCAGGUUCUUAAUGACACCAGUCUGUGUACCGGAGCAACUCCUUUCUUGUAGGAGCUAUGUCUAGUAGCAGAUAACCAAAUUGGCGCCGCGUAUAGAAUGAUCGAACUCACACUUGUUAGCAGCUUUCUGACUACUUAUUAAUACCACUUCAUUAACAUUGCUAAUGCUUUAUUAUAUUCAGUGGCGUAUUGAAUUUGUCUUAUAUCUUUUGGCUUAUAUCUUUCUUAAAAAUAGUGAUAGAACUUAAAGAUGCACUUUUCUAGCUUUGAUCGCUGCAAAAUCACAUAUCAUUGUAAUUUAAAGUUGAAGCAGUUUCACAUUCUAUUGAGAGACUCGAAAGAUUGGAUAGUCUACUCUGACUCAUGGUCGAUCUCAAGUAAGAUUUAAUCAAUUUAAGUUUGCUAAAAGAUCUUUCACAAGUGGAACUGAUACAGGUAUAGUGAGUAGUAUUCUUAAAGCUGUCGCUAACGUCUUGUAGGCUUCCAGCCCCAUUGAAGAAAUGUAUAAUAAAAAAAUUUAAAAAUUUCCUCAAAAACCGUAUUGUGAGAAUUUUGGAACUUCAGAAUUUGCGUGGCUUCUAGUUUCUAAAUUUUUUAUACUUAAUAUCGAAGAUAUUUUGUAAAAAUUCACUUUUGUACGUACUACCUCAUGAAACUUGUAGGUAGGUAGAUAAAGGGGGGCGGUAGAACAUCCUUGGCCCCGGGCGCCCGAAGUUGUAGCUAUGCCACUGAUAACAUUUGUUCCUCGCCUCGUCAAGGGUUUUCGCUAUAACUACGACUGCAAUCCUAAUAUCUUUACCGCUUUCGGCAACGCGACUCUUAGAAUACCAUUGCACAUUACGUUCCAGAGUACAGGGCCGAGAACUGAUCCUUUCGGAACAUUGCCUGUAACUUUGUAUGUCUCAGGUCCAAAUUCUGUGUCGUGUACUAGUACUCUGUUUUCGAAAUAGCUUGCCACAAUUCGAAUAAGAUAGUCAGGAACCUCACAGAAUUGAAGGUUUUUUUAAAGUCACGGUUACUUACACUUUUUUAAUAUACAGUAUAUUUAUAGCAUUCCCUGCGCUUCGUCCUUUUCGGAAACCGAAUUGCAUAGGAAUCUCCUUCUGUAUAUUUUCAUGCCGCUUUCAAAUACUUUUCCAGCCGUAUCAAGCAUACAUAAGAGCCGAUAUGACGAAGUCCAAUAUUUGGGAUAGUUCCCUUCCUUCAGGCAGCUUGUGUAUACGUUUUGAAACAAAGUAGGCUUAUCUUAAAUUAUACGUUUAGUAACGAAAUUGGAUAUUCCGUCGAGAUCGGGGUGCUUUACAAAUCUUAAUUGUUUUCACCGCGUAUUGUUUUUCUGCAUGCGGCACUUCAGUGAUUUCAUCGCAGUUAAUUUGAAGAAUUGGCACUCGCAUCCUUUCGCAUCUUGGAAAAUAAAAUAUGGACUAUCUUAAGUAAAACUGUGAGAGAUACAUGUAGGUGGGUUUCUUAAUCUAUUAUAGUAUAUCUUCAUUACAAUUCGUAAGGCUUUUCCCCCCAACAGUCGUUUUCUACCUUUGAAAUAAGUUGGUUAAAUGCUUUUUUUACUGCUGCAUAUGGAUUUAAGCAGUUAUUUCCUUUUUUCCGAAAGUUUAUAAGGAGUUCCGCGAAGUCAUUUCUUCCUCUAGCUCGUUGCUGUCUACGUCGAAACUUGAGACAUUUGGCCCUAAGUUGAGUAAUUUUUUCAGACCACCGGUAUAGUGUAGCACACACACAUGGUUUUGGCUGUUUGCCUCGCUAUAUCGCAGUCGCUCUAAUAUUCGCUGCUCUUGAAUAAUCUUUGCGGCUCAGUGCUUAACGUAGUUCCACAGCUGCGUUUGCCGCAACAUGUGUGUCACUAUGUUAUCUGGUAUCAUUCUCUCACAAAUUUGCGUUUCUAACAUCGUCUUAUCUAUCUCAUACUUUGGAUAGUCGAAAAAACAUGUACAGCACUCUCUUUUCCAUAAACACAACAUGAGCACCUCAUCAUGACCAUAUUUGUAAAGGUACUCCCUAAAACAGGGAUGGCCACGUAGUAACUGCGUCAAGUAAAAAUCAACGUCGCCAUGCUUUCUGCUAACUCAACAUUUCAUCAUUUUCAAUCAACCUGUGCGUCCAUCGUCCUUUGGGCGCAGAAUCCCAUUCCUUUUAGACUCUGCUGCCUUUCUUCCUCGCUCUCUUUAGCUGUUAGGGGCCUGCUUUUAUUUUUGUUUUUUUUUUUCGUACACUCUCUCUAACUCAAGAGUCACCAUUUCAGGUGGCAGUAUGCCUGAAAACACCCCUGCAGCUUCGUGAGACACCGUACGGAAAGCGCUGGCCACUCUGAGUGGACUACCGAAAUAAAGAUCUAACUCUUUCCCAAUUCGCGUAAGCCCACACAGGCGCUGGAUACAUGUGUAUGUAUGUGAUGUGUGUGUGUAUGUGUGUACGCUUUGUACGAGUAUAAACAAUAUAUUAUUGUUUGACGAAAAUAUUGUAUUUAUUUUGCUUUAUUAUACAUUCGUAGCUAAAUAAAAUAAAUUAAACUAUUUGUGUAAACUAA